AUGCAGUACCAGCUGCCGCCCCGUGGAUUCUGGAUCAGGCAGACUGGGGGAAUGAGCGUGCUGGACGCUGCGAUGCUCUGCAUGGUGCUACUCCUCAACCUCAUGUGGUUCUGCACGGGCAUGCAGAGGGAGGAGACACGGUACAGCGCACUGGAGGCGGCGGGGCUGAAGCCAGGUGUGGAGCUCUGGCAGCGCCGACUGGAAUCCGCGGCACUCUACUUUGGCGUGCUCCUGUACAUUGACGUCUGGCUGCUGCUGCUCCCCAUUCCCCAGAGCAGCUUCCUGCAGGAACUCAGUGGGCUGGACUACCAUCAGAUGAUCCGCUGGCACAGGUGGAUGGGCCACAUCACCAUGAUUGUUACCUCCCUGCACGGCCUCCUGUACUAUUUCUACUGGGGCGUCACCCACCAAUUCUGGGCGAUGUUUAGCGACUGGUCCACCGUCUCUUCAAUGAACUACCUGGCCGGCUCCAUCUCCUGGUUCUUCGGCCUCGCGCUCUGGCUGACCUCCAUGGACUGGUGCCGUCGGGCUUUCUGGGAGGUUUACUACCGCUGCCACAUCGUUGGCUUCCUGGGCUUCAUGCUCUUUGCCAACAUCCACUACUCCGGCUCCUGGGUCUACUUCUGCCCUGGCCUGCUGCUGUGGUGCAUCGACCUGGCACUGCGUUCUGGAGCACUGGCCAACACCACCACAGUGGCCCAUAGCGCGGUGGAUGCCAGCGAGGACGUGAUAACGCUGCAGCUCCAGGGCUCCAAGAGGGUCGGCGGCUGCCCCAUUCAGGACAUCUUUCUGUUGCUUCCAAGCAUUUCCCGCUGGCAGUGGCACCCCUUCACCAUCUCCCACCUGUCAGCGGAGGGCAUGCUGACCAUGCGCAUCAAGAAGCAAGGCGCCUGGUCGAGGGAGCUCCUGGCAAGGCUGAAGAGGAGGGAGAUCCUCCCAGUGCGUGCAAGCCUGCCUCCCUACGGCGCUCCCCUCCCGUGGAGGCAGGAUGAAGUUGUCGUCGUGCUGGCUGGCGGCAUCGCGAGCACGGCGGUCCUGCGGGUGCUCUCCGACCUGGUGGCCCGCCGCGCCCAGGGCGAGACACCGAGCCCCCGCCGGGUAUACUUUGUUUGGGCGGCACGCAAUGCUGUCGAGUUUUGCGUCCUGGACCGUGCUGUUGCCGGCGCUGCCAUGUGA